CGCGAACGAACUGUACAUAUGUAUAUAUAUAGUGAAUGAGUAUUAAUAUUGUGAAGCACGGGAAACGGAUGAAACAUGGCGGACUCAGCAGGCAAUUGGUGUCUCAUCGAAAGCGAUCCCGGUGUUUUUACGGAAUUGAUAAAGAAAUUCGGUGUCCUAGGCGCUCAAGUAGUAGAAUUAUGGUGUCUGGAUGAUGAACAAUUUGAUAAAUUAAAGCCUGUACACGGUUUAAUAUUUUUAUUCAAAUGGGUGCAAGACGAUGAACCCUCCGGAAGUAUUGUUGUAGAUAAUAGACUGGAUAAGAUAUUUUUUGCGAAACAGGUUAUUAAUAAUGCAUGCGCGACGCAAGCGAUACUGAGCGUAUUACUAAAUUGUAAGCACCCGGAUAUAUCGUUAGGAUUGAAUUUGGAAGAGUUCAAGAACUUUUGCCAAAGUUUCGAUGCCAACAUGAGAGGACUUGCUCUCAGUAAUUCCGACGUGAUAAGAGAAGUGCAUAAUUCUUUCUCAAGCCCAGCAAUAUUUGAGUAUGAACCGAAACAAGCGUCUAAAGAUGAUGACGUGUUUCAUUUCGUGAGCUAUGUUCCCAUCGAUGGGCGAUUGUACGAACUGGAUGGAUUGAAAGAGGGACCAAUAGACUUAGGUCCUUGCCCAUCGGGAGAUCAAUGGGUACAAGCAGUGAAACCUAUAAUACAGAAAAGAAUAAACAAGUAUAAUGAGGGAGAGAUACACUUCAAUUUAAUGGCGAUAGUAACAGAGAGAAUAAUGCUCUAUUUGAGACAGAAGGCGAGCACUACUGACCCAGCUGAAUUGGACCGUUUGCAGUCAUUGAUAAAAGAUGAAGUGCGGAUAUCUAGACGGUACCAAAUCGAAAAUAAUAGACGGAAGCACAAUUACUUACCAUUAAUAAUGGAGCUGCUUAAGAUACUAGCCAAAGAAGGGAAACUAGUACCUCUGUAUCAAAGAGCGAAGGAACGAGUGUUAUUAAAGGAAUCGAGGAAGAAUAAAGUAUAAACUUGGAUUUAUCUCAUAAAAACAUCGGAAUACAUGUAUGAUAUUCAAUCAUUACAAUCUAAAUUAUAACAAUCCUUUUUUUAAAAAUAAAUGUACAUAAUAAACUUCUGGCCGUCA